AUCAUCUCAUCGUGUUACACAAAAACCAUAAAAUUUCACAGUGCAAACUGAAAUGAAAAUGCUUUGACCACAACAAAGCAUCAUCAUCCUGGCAGGCAUAUGUGCACAGGAUAAGGGUUUUCUAUACAGAGGGGCUGGUUUCAUAUUCUGCACAUUCAAAUAGAAAGAAUUGAAGCGGCAUGCUGAGCCUGCGGUUUAGGUGACCUGAUUUCACGGCCUGAGAACUUGAGUGUUAAGGCAACCCAAGGCCUUAUUGUAUCAUUUAAGGAAACUGAGUUGACAGUAUGUAAAAAGCAGAUGAACAAGAAGAGAGGACACAUUCCCCAAGUAUUUUUUAGUUGAAAACAUUCACUGUGGCCUGCAGAUCUUACAGGCAUUUGAAAAGUGAGUAGAAUUUCUGGAAAAGUUUCAGCAUGCACCUUGAAUGCAGAAACCUAAGCUGGACAGUGAUGCUGCUAUCUCUAGCUGGUCUUUUCUGCAAUAGCUGGAAAGUGGAGUAUCAACAGCAAUGUAUUUGUGCAGUGAAAGGCUCUUCUGUUGUCAUCCCCUGUUCAUUUUACCAUCCUGCCAACCUGAGAGUGAAGAGAGUCACGUGGGGUCACGUCAAGUCUCGUCAUCUCAAGGGUCGUAUUGUUUUUUCUAGUAAUUUCAAAAAAGUCACCACAAGAUUUCAGUAUAUUGGUGACAACCAUCACGAUUGUUCUUUGAAAAUACACCAAGUCAAGCAUAAUGAUGCAGGAAAAUACAGCAUCAGAUUUAAUAGCAGAAUAAGCAGAUGGCCUGGUAAUGUUGGCCCAUCAUUAAAGGUGGUUGAUCUGAAGGCUGUGGUGACGAAAACAAAUGGAAACAGAACAAUGAAAGAAGGCGACUCUGUGAAUCUGACCUGCAUAAACAGCUGUGAUGGUGGUGACCUCUCAUCUGCUAUCACCUGGUUUAAGAAUGGAAAACUCCUAAAUCAACAAUCUGUACUUUUUUUAAAUAAAAUUUCCUCCACAAACUCUGGGAACUACACUUGUUCCCUAAGAACACAUGAAGGAGCGACUUCAGGAGUCAUAAGUCUUGAUGUUGAAUAUGGCCCUAAGAACACAUCAGUGUCUGUAAGACCAUCCACAGAGAAAGACACUGGCAGCAACAUCACCCUGAUCUGCAGUAGCCAUGCAAACCCCCCAGUGGAGAAUUAUACCUGGUUUAAAAUAUGUGGUGGUGAUAUUGUGGAUGUUGGACACCAGCCUGUGUUUUUUCCUGGUGAAAGCGGCCAGUAUUUAUGCAGCGUCUCAAACAAACAUGGAAGUCAAAACUCCUCUGCGGUGCAGAUUCCAUCACAUUGGGCAACAUUUACCAGAGAUGUACUUGUCAUUGCUACUGUUGCUACUGUUGCUAUGGUUGCUAUGCUUCUGACUGUGACCACUGUUAUUGUCGUCAAAAGACUCAACAAUAAGACGACUUGGUUUCCAAAGACAGACUGUGAGGAGAACACACAGGUGGCACAGUAUACAGACUAUGUCAACUGGUUUAUCUGUGACCACAACCAAGCACAAGUGGAAAGUCAGUGUGAGGGAGGAACAACAGAACUCGUCUACGCAUCUGUUCACUUCCACAAUAAAAGAAAGUCAAACAUGGACUCCCAUAAUGAUGAAGAUGUGAUUUACAGCACAGUGUGCAGGACCCAACUGUUGAAGACUUCACAUAUUGAACCUCUGUAAUUUCCCAAAAAACAAUCAGUUUUGUGCAGUAAUACAUUUUUUCAGGUUAUUUGCUUUAUAAUCUUUUGUUUUAUUUUCUUACAAAUCAUUACAGUAAAGAUAGUAAUCCAGACAAUAGGAAAAACAUGAAAAAUAUCAAAAACAGACAUCUUCAACUUAACACUAAUACUUGAAAUGAAAUGGUAUGAAACUGACCAUUGAAACAUGCAAAAUAAAGUAUUCCAGCAACUUCCUACCACGAUAUGAAUCUGUAAAAGUGAUACACGUCUUUGAUAUGCUUUAUUUUCCCACUGUUGCAAUGGUUUUUCCAGCUGUGUGUUUAUGAGAUUUCAUAAAUCUUCCUCAGUCUAGUGUGUGCCAUUUAAUUGUUCAAGUCGUGCCAAAACAAUGGAGAGUCUGACACCCUACUGACACAUUUUCACAUG